UCACUUCUAGCCACAUUCCACAGGCCAGAAUAAGACACCCUGCCCAGAGGAGCACCAGAAAACCGUGUCCUGGCUGCACAGCCGCUUCAAGCGACAACUCGACACUGAGGAGGGAGACACAGCAUGACAGGCUAUGAACACAUCUGACACCUCCGCACAGGACGCGUCAGCACUUCAGCUUCAGAAGUCUGGUUUUCCUCAUCCUUUAUGUUUGGGAGCUUGUCUUUGACACAGACAAAGAUUUAAAGUGUAGAAAAUUUCUCCAAUAAGAAUGAAGAUGAAAGCAAAUUUAUUCAGGUUUAAUGGGGGAAAAUGAAUGUCUAUCCUUGACCCAGUAACAGCCCUGUACACAUUUUCUAAAUUAAUCAUGAAAUCAUAUUAAAGUUGUUAACGCAUCUGUACACAAGAAAAACUAAGCAUAUGUGGAAAAUUGUAUACCUGCAAUUACAUAAUGUCCACGUUAUGAUUAAAAAGGAAAAUUUUAACCAAUUGGUUACGUGCAGUAAAAAGUCCAGAGGACAUACAUUUAAAUGGAUCAUAGUGUCUUAUCACUAGACUGGGGCGGGCGGGGAGGGGGAGAGGGCAAGGGGGCACAAGGGGGAAUGAGAGAACCAUGAAGUUAUUUUCAGCCUGAAAAGAAAAUGUGUAGAUAAAAAGGAGUGGGCUUAGGUGACUUAAAACAAGUACAUGAGUCAGAGCCGGCCUCCUGGACACUGUCUGUUGGGCCUGUCACCCAACACUCAAGUUGCUGCCAGGGGCACUGUUCUCUGUUGAAGUGACUGGCUUUUGUCACAAACUCCAGGUUAUAAUGGGCAGGCGGGCAAAACCUCAGUGCAGUCGGCAGCAGCCUCCUGGUCGGCAGGCUGGGGCUGACCAUGCCUCCGGCCCUCCAUGGGGAAUAUCCUCAAGACCAUCCUGGCCUUCAUCCCUGCAGAAAGCUGCCAGAACUACGUGGUGGGAGACCUCCGGGAGAUGCCCCUGGACAAGAUGGUGGACCUGAGUGGACACCAGCUCCGCCGCUUCCCUGCACACGUGUGCUCUUUCCAGGAACUGGUCAAGCUCUACUUGAGUGACAAUCACCUCAACAGCCUGCCUCCGGAGCUGGGGAGGCUGCAGCACCUGCAGAUCCUGGCCCUGGACUUCAACAACUUCAGGGCACUCCCCCAGGCGGUGUGCACUUUGAAGCAGCUCUGCAUCCUCUACCUGGGCAACAACAAACUGCGUGACCUCCCCAAAGAGCUGCGCAUGCUCCAGAACCUGCAGACCCUGUGGGUGGAGGCCAACUGCCUCACCCAGCUGCCGGAGGUUGUUUGUGAGCUGAGCCUCCUGAAGACUCUGCAUGCCGGCUCCAACGCCCUGCGCCUGCUGCCCCGCCAGCUCCGGCGCCUCAGGGAGCUGAGGACCAUUUGGCUCUCAGGAAACCUGCUGACUGAUUUUCCCCCCGUGCUGCUUCACAUGCCCUUCCUGGAAGUCAUCGAUGUGGAUCGGAACAGCAUUCAUUACUUCCCCAGCCUGGCCCAUCUGUCAAACCUGAAGCUGGUCAUCUAUGACCACAAUCCUUGUAAAAAUGCACCCAAGGUGGCUAAAGGUGUGCGCCGUGUGGGAAAAUGGGCAGAGGAAACACCAGAGCCUGACCCCCAGAAAGCCAAGCGCUCUGCAUUGGCCAAGGAGAAAAGCCGAGACGCCCAAGCACGCACCCUGCCGCAGCCACUCCCGCCUCCCAGCUCCUGAGCUUCAGCUGCACGUCAAGAGAACCAGCCCGUUACCUUCUGGAGAACCACUGGGAAGUAUAAAGGCUACUCUGGGAGAUUUAGGGUAUCUCUGCCAGUAGGGAAUACCAUCAAGUGAAAUGCCACGAAUUACACCAAGAAAAAUUUAUGCUCAAGUUUUUCCCAAAGGCAAGUUGUCUUUAUAAGAAUGACUUCUUUGCAAGAAAACCAGCCUCACAAGGCAGCCCUUUGUAGUGCCAUCAAGGGCUGGGUCACUUUGGCCUCCUCUACUCACCACCAGUGGCUGGUCCAAGACUCAUGAGCUCCUCAAAUAAGGUAUUUGUUACAGCUCUCCUAAAAGUUCAGGGGACCUGACCCUAGCCCUUUGCAGAAUAUACUUUCUUACCACGAAUGACCAAAAUGGUAAGAAAACCCAGAUCACUUAAGCAGCACAUUUUUAUGUGGCCAUUUAAUAAGAUUCACAUAAAAAAAAAAAAACCCAACCUGUGCAGGCUCAAGAAUUCUGUCCUUGGGGCUGAAGCGAUAGUACAACGGGUAGGGCAUUUGCCUUGCACACGGCCGACCCGGGUUCGAUUCCCAGCAUCCCAUAUGGUCCCCUGAGCACCACCAGGUAGAAUUCCUGAGUGAAUGAGCCAGAAGUAACCCCUGUGCAUUGCUGGGUGUGACCCAAAAAGAAAAAAAAAACAACUGUCCUUGCAGUUCAGAAACCACUGAGCAGACUCCUAAUGGGAGAGUGCAUCCUGGUGCUUAUCAAGCUACCUUAAAGGGACUUAGAACUUCGUGAUUUUGCUCACUUUCCCUAAAAGAUCUGAAUCAAGGUUCACUUCCCACUAUACUACCAACUGGUAAAACUAGCAAUAAUCUAGAACAUAGCAUCUCCCUUUGGUAAUGUGAUUUCAUUACUAAAAUCACCCUAAUUUGAUCUAUAUUGCCUCCAUGGAAUAGAGAUCCUGAUUCUUCACUGUCAAUGCAAAGAAACCCAGAAAGAAACAUGCCUGAAACCUAUUCAAGGUACAGGUGAGACAUCUGUUCACUUGAAACAAGCAUUUGAAAAUAUGAACUGGAUUGUGCUCUAAAUAGGAAGUUUCUACAUCUAUAGUUUUCAGUCUGUCCUCUUUUUUGAAGAUAAUAAGGUGCUUUGAUGGUCACUGUAUAAAUCUAUGCAAAACUUUUUACCAUUAUUUCAUAAAAAUGUAAGUUGUGGCUUUUCCUUCCCACGAAUACACAACAAAUGUAAGAAACAGCUAUCACUGGGUGACUUAAGGACACAAUUUUAAAUGCUUAUCUCCUUAACAAGAAGUGACAUCUUCACUAAAAAUAUUAUACUGUUUUUAAGUAGCACUUUGUCAAAAAAGCACCUGGAGUCAAUAGUUUGAUUUCUAAAACAUCACAAUUUUCAUUUAUUCUUAUAAUUAUUUCUUGCUAAACCAAAGCUGUAUGCCAGUCUCUUCCCACUGACUUUCUCUUCUUUAUCUGAAACCUGUUUAGACUGUCAAAUGUUUCAGUCAUUAAAUGCUAUUUACACACAAAUUCCAACAUUUAAUGCACUGAACUAUUUGAAAACCUUUUUACUGGGGCUAGAGUGAUAGCACAGCGGGUAGGGCGUUUGCCUUGCACACGGCCGACCCAAAUUCAAUCCCCAGCAUCCCAUAUGGUCCGCCAAGCACCACCAGGAGUAAUUCCUGAGUGCAGAGCCAGGAGUAACCCCUGAGCAUCGCUGGAUGUGACCCAAAAAGCAAAAAAAAAAAAAAAAAAAAAAAAAAAAAAAUCCUUUUACUCCUCUAAUGAAAUUUUGGUCUUUCCAUGAUGAGGCAGAGAAACCCAGUGAGAAUUCCUGUUAAACUUUCUCCUUUUAUUUCUUAUACAUGUAUUCUGAAAAAUUCAUAUAUAUUUAUACUACCAAACUAUAUAUUUAAUGUCAACCUCAUUCUCUGUAGAGUCCACUUGCCGAAAGCCCAAUUAAGUCUAACCAUUUUUGUAUAAGCAAUAAAACACCUAAGGUGCUAGAAACAACCAACAUUUUAAAAAUGCUUCUUUCAAACUGUAACAUAAACUAUCACAAUUUUUUCUCAAGUAAAAGUUGUAUUUAAGAUCAUGGAAACAAGUAACAGAGUUUGUGAUACUUUCACUAAACAAAACUUAAUGCUU